UAGAAAAGUAUAGUGGUCUACCAUAGUUCAUAUCAUAAGUAAUAGACUAUUCCUAAAUGGAAUCAGUCAUAAGUAGUUAUAAGUAGGGAUGACAUUAAGCUUCUACUUGACACCUCUUUCAAAAGGCCUUCCCUCCCUUUCUUCCUUCCUUUCUUUCUUUCUUUCUUAGUCACACCAAACCACACACUACUUGUAUUGUGUUUUCUCUACUUUCUUCCUUUUCUCACUCUCUUUGUUCCUUUUCUUUUGGCAUAUUUUUCUUUCAUUUUUCUUUAAAAAAAUUUAAGAAAAAUAAUUCACUUUUUUAUUUAUUUUAUAAUGAAGAAUUAUUGAUAAGAAUUAUAUAGAUUAUUAUUGAAGAAUGUCAAUCACUACUUUGAACAAGAAGUGGUAAUAUCAAAGGAAAUUAAUUAUUGAGAUUGGUCUUCAAUCUUCAAUCUUACAAUCUUAUGGCUAAAGAGAAUUAUUGGUUUCAGAUUCUGAAAAAUCUAAUCAGCUGUGAGUCCAAACCAAAAGCAAAAAAGGGAAAAUCAAAGCAAUGGAGCUGGUUAUUUGAUAGGUUUAGGUUCAAACAACUUCCUACUACAACUACAACAUCUAUAUUACCAGAAAAGUCAUUAAAUGAAGCCAAGAAAGAACAGUUACAGCAUGCACUGAAUGUUGCACGGGCCACCACUGCUGCAGCCGAGGCAGCAGUGGCUGCUGCCCAGGCAGCUGCUGAGGUAGUCCGGCUAGCCGGCGUGUCCCGACAUUCGUCGUUGCGGCAACAAGAAAGUGGUGUUCACCACUUAGCUGCCAUCAAGAUUCAAACUGCUUUCAGAGCUUAUCUUGCAAGAAAGGCAUUAAGAGCACUGAAAGGAGUGGUAAGAAUACAAGCAAUAGCAAGAGGAAAUGCUGUAAGACGUCGAAUGAACACACAACUCCAGCAUUUGAAUAAUCCUACACAAGUUGUCCAAACAAAAAAUGUUCUUCAUGUAAAUAAUGAUCAAUCUCUUAGCAUAAUAAACGAAAAGGGAGAACGAUCUAAGCUUCAAACCCAGAGCCAGAGGCAAUGGACUGAUAGUUUGUUCUCGAAGCAGGAAAUUGAAUCAAUUUAUUUGAGGAAGCAAGAGGCCGUCCUCAGAAGAGAGAGAAUGAAGCAAUAUUCAUUCUCUCAUCGCGAGAGGCAAUGUUCUCAAAUGCUAGUAGAAACAAUGCCAAUUAGAUACAAUGAAGGGAAAAGUUUCUUAAGAAAAGAAUGGGCUGAGGAAGAUAUUCAUGACAAAGGGUAUUCAGAAAGCACCUUCUCAGAGUUGCAGCAUCCAAAUACAAGAAGUUGGGACUUAGGGACAAACUUAAGGAUCAAACCAAGAGCUACAAGUCUAGCAAAACCGAAUUAUACAGAAGAAGCAAACUCUCCGUUUUCACAUCCUAGGAGAUCAUUUUCUCAUAUGAGGCUAAACCGAGGAAUCGAUGAUUGUCAUCUACUUAACUCUUCAAUGUUUCCGACUUACAUGGCUGUGACGGAAUCAGCCAAGGCAAAGAUGAGAUCCAUGAGCACACCAAGACAAAGGUUAGGGUAUUUUGAUACUUGCUUCGAGCAUUAUGGAUCACCAUGUAAAAGUAGACUUCAUUCUUCUUGGUCUUCACUAAAUAGUGAGUCUAGUGCACUUAGGAGGACUAAUUGCUCAUCCUAAGCACUAUGGCUAAACUCGAGGUUUCUUCUCUUCACCGUUAAGCUUGUAUAUCGAUGAGUUUCUUCUUUU